UUUAGCGUGAGCGCGCUUCUCGCCUCUGUCGCGCGCCUCUCGCUCGGUCAAGUGCAUCAGGGCUGGUAUUUCAUGUGUGAAGCCCAGACUCGGUGAAGAUGGCGAUGUGUGCGGCGCUCAGAUGCGUUUCGACAAACUUUUCGGCAGCAUUGCCCCUGCUCUCGAGACCUGCACAUAUCUGGACGUGCCAAAACUCGCUAAGACCAAACAUAUUGAGGACGCUUUACACGAGCUCGCGGCUUUCGGGAGCUCUGAAGUUUACAGACAAACACGAGUGGGUGCGAGUGGAGGGCGGUGUGGGUACAGUGGGCAUCAGCAACUUUGCUCAGGAAGCUUUAGGUGAUGUGGUGUACUGUGGGCUUCCAGAAGUGGGAACAAAGCUUGAACAAAUAGAGGAGUUUGGUGUUUUAGAAAGCGUCAAAGCUGCGAGUGAGCUGUAUUCUCCACUGACCGGAGAGGUGACCGAAAUCAACACAGAUCUGGCUGAUAACCCUGCACUAGUAAAUAAAGCCUGCUACGAAGACGGAUGGUUAAUUAAGAUGACCAUAGAGAAACCUGCAGAACUUGAUGAACUCAUGGAUGAAGCUGCUUAUGAAAAAUUCAUCAAAUCCCUUGAUUCAUAAAGGCUUUCAGACCUUUCUUGAUCAUUUAAGGAUUCACAACGGCUACUUUAUAGUGCUGAUGGUAGAAUGAGUACUAAUAUGAUUCUUUUGAAAUCUAUUUAUUUUGGUUUUGUAAUUUCUUUUUCCACCAAAAUAAUCUUUUGUAAUGUGCCAGUUUAACAAACUUUUGCCGUCAAGAGCCAAAUAUUUCAAAGGGCUUUUGGAUACGGUCUGAGGUGCUUUACAUGGACUCAUGUAUACAAAGAAGAGGGCUGAUUGUCUUAAAUAGUAUGUUUUCCAGUAUAACGUAACAUGACAUGCAAUAAAAUCGGAAAUGUAACAUUUUGGA